UACUGUGGUAAGUGGCAUAACUAGUUUCGCUCUUCUAUUCCCUAUUUAUUACUAUAUCUAUUAUUCUAUACCAUACCAUUACUAAAUCUUAUUCCAUAUCUUAUUCCAUAUCUUAGAUCCCAUUUUAAUUAAAUUAUUAACUAAUGACAAAGGAAAUCAAGAACGAACCCUGUAAUCAAUUAUACAGCGAAUUAUCCUCAUUUUUCGAAGCGUCAUACAAAGCCAAAAUGACUCUCGACAUCUCAACACUUUUAAAAUUAAUCCCUGCCUUCGACACUGACAAAAAUGAUCAAAUUUAUAGAUUCGUCAGAUCUUGCGACUCUGCCUUCAAAUUGGCCACCGAAGACCAGAAGGCAAUACUCCUUGUAUAUACAUUAAAUAAUAUCACCGGUUCAGGUGCAUCAGACGUGCACAGUAAACAACACAUAUGUUGGACCAGUUUGCGCACAUUUUUGAUAGACAGGUUCUCCAAUGUCAAAACAAUUCCACAUUUAAAUUUAGAACUUCAAUCUUUAUUCCAAAGACCCAACGAAAGUAUCACUGAGUACUUUCAUAGAGUCGAUCUAUGUAGGAGUAAAAUAAUAGAAAAACUAAACGCCGAAAUCAUCGAUGACACAUUAUCAGGUCGCUUAGCGACUACUGAAGAAACCGCACUAAGCGUCUUCGUUAAUGGAUUAAGUUCCGACAUAGGAACAAUGCUCAGAACCAAAGGUUUUACUGCAUUAGCUGAGGCAGGCCGCUUUGCUAUGCAGGAGGAUAAAAUCCGAGCAAUGAAUAAUGCUCGUCAAACAUUAUUCAGAUUAGCAGUCCCAACAAAUAAUGCCCGUCAGCCACUAUUCAGGCCGACAGUCCCUCGACAUACUAAUAAUUCAACUCAUAGAACAAUAAUACCAAGAUAUAAUUCAAAUAACAGAUUCACACCUCCAAAUCAACCUCACCCACAAACUAAUUCAAAUUUCACUGCACAGAACCCAAAAAUAUGCAAUUACUGCAAGAAUGUAGGACACGAAAUUGCUGAUUGUCGUAAACGAGCUUAUAACAAUAAUCUCCGUAAUAAUCAGGCACAAAAAGCCUUGCCCGCACCUCCAGCGCAAGUCAAUAAUUUAAACUCCUGGGCGACCAACGAAAUGAGCAACUCGUUGGAAAUCGCUACAGUAUCUUGCUCACAGACUCCGACUCACCUGUUAACACAGGACAUAGACAACCUCCAACUCUAAGACUCAAUCAAUCAUCCUCAAAAGCCACUGAAUCUAACAGGGCGUCUUCACAAACUCAAACUGUCCGCAACAAACAGUUUAGAGACGCGUCUGUACAAACUUCUAUAUCUUUAAUAGCACCAAACAAACAGGGUAACCAGCCCCAAACUCUUGGUCCUAUCACCGAAUCAUGUACUAAAUCUACUAAAUCAAAUAUAGCACCAAACGAACAGGGUAACCAGCCCCAAACCCUUGGUCCUAUCACUGAAUCAUAUUCCAAAUCUACUUAUACAAAUCCUAAAUCGAAAUCAAAGUCAAAAAGGAAACCUAAAUCAAAUCCUAAAACUUCUAAGUCGAAACCUAAAAUUGAAUCCUUUGCAAUCUCAUCUUUGAACGAUGUUCCACCCGAAAAUCUUUUACACGGCACCUUUCACAUCGAAGGAAAGCCAGUCACCUUAUUAAUUGAUACCGGAGCAGGAAUCUCGGUAAUAAAAAGUAACAAAAUUGGAUCUUCACAUAUAGAUAAAUCUAACAUCGCAUCCAUUGUAGGAAUCUCGAGCACACAAAGUUCAACCCUUACCUCGGGAACUACCGAGAUAUCCCUUGACAAUUUACCUAAAUUCAAAUUCCAUGUUGCCGACCUAAACAUUAAAGCAGACGGUAUUUUAGGUAAUGAUUUCAUGUCCAAAUUUAAUUGCCACCUCUAUAUUCAAUCAAAAACAAUGCGAUUACGUGACAAAACAUAUAGACUCCAUUUCUUAAGCGACAGUCCCAAGGAAAAUGAAUACCCCGAUAAACAAUUAAUUAAUAGUCGCUCAGAAACAGUAAUUAUGUGUAACACAAAUAGUAUUCAUACGGGAACCGCAUUAGUCGAAAAACAAACAUUAGCUAAUGGCAUCAUCAUUCCACACGCAUUAGUUAGCGUCGAAAACAACUCAUUUGUUAUCACUUGUAUAAACACAAACAAAAAUGAUGAACUUAUCAAUAUUCCCACACUCGAAGUUAGUCCUUUUGACCAGAAUGAACAAAUAUCUAAUAUAAAUGAACAUCCAAUAAAUAAUUUAAAUCCCAUGUCCCAAUCUGAUAGACAAAGCAAAGUUCUGUCGUCCAUAAGACGAGAUCAUUUAAACAAGGAAGAAUCCACGUCAUUAAAUAAAAUAAUUUCCCAGUACUCAGAUUUAUUUUUCCUCGAAGGCGACACCUUAUCUUUCAGUAAUCAUACAAAACACAAAAUAACUACUACAACUGACACUCCCAUUCACACUAAAACAUAUCGAUUCCCACAAGUUCACGAAAACGAAGUCAAAACUCAAGUUCAAAAAAUGCUAGAACAAGAUAUAAUCAGACCAAGUUCCUCUCCAUGGAGUAGCCCAAUUUGGGUUGUCCCUAAAAAAACAGAUGCCUCGGGUAAACGUAAAUGGCGAUUAGUAAUAGAUUACCGAAAAUUAAAUGAGGUAACAAUCGGUGACAGUUACCCACUGCCGAACAUUACAGACAUUCUAGAUAAAUUAGGGCACUCACAAUAUUUUACAACCCUAGACCUCGCAUCUGGGUUUCACCAACUCGAAGUAGAUCCCAAAGAUAUUCCUAAGACCGCAUUUAGCACUCCAUACGGUCACUACGAGUACAAAAGAAUGCCUUUUGGACUUAAAAGUGCACCAGCGACCUUCCAACGGGUCAUGGACUCUGUUCUAUGUGGACUUCAAGGCGAGAGAUGUUUUGUGUACUUAGAUGAUAUAGUUAUUUUCGCCUCAAGCCUUCAAGAACACGAACAAAGGCUUCACGAAGUAUUUUCACGACUUAGAAAAUACGAACUUAAGAUCCAACCCGAUAAGUGCGAAUUCCUUAGGCGCGAAGUAGCUUACCUAGGACACAUCAUAUCCAAUGAAGGUGUAAAACCAAACCCCGAUAAAAUAAAGGCCGUACAAGAAUUCCCCACUCCUAAAUCAUGCAAAGACAUCAAAGCCUUUCUUGGCUUAACGGGUUAUUACCGUCGCUUCAUAUCGAAUUUUAGCAAAAUAACAAAACCACUUACUAGCCUCUUAAAAAAGGACGUUCCAUUUAUUUGGGGUCAAACACAACAAGUAUCAUUUGACGAAUGUAAACGUCUUCUUACUAGUCCUCCUAUACUACAAUAUCCUGAUUUCAGUAGAGAAUUUAUUUUGACCACUGACGCCUCUAUAAGUGCAAUAGGCGCUGUAUUAUCACAAGGUGAAAUAGGUAAGGACCUACCUAUAGCAUACGCGUCUAGAACUUUAAAUAAAGCCGAAUCGAACUAUUCUACUAUAGAACGAGAAUUAUUGGCUAUAGUCUGGGCUGUUAAGCACUUUCGACCGUAUUUGUUUGGAAGAAAGUUUAAAAUAGUUACAGAUCACAAACCUCUCACAUGGCUUUUUUCAAUUAAAGACCCAGGUAGUCGUUUAGUUCGCUGGCGCCUUAAGCUUGAAGAAUACGAAUACGAAGUUAUUUAUAAAGCUGGCAAAAACAACACCAACGCAGAUGCUCUCUCUCGACCUCCAAUCUUAAACGCAAAUGUUAUAGAUCUCACUGACGAUAACGAAACUCAUAAUUCAAAUACCGAUACGACCGAUGAUUAUUUAGAAAUCAAUUAUCAACAUUUCUCAGAGAACCCCUCUUACAACUUCGACACUCCUAAUCUCCAAACCUCUCCAGAUUGCCUUUUAAACGACAAACAUAAAAACAUUCUUAUUCCCAUUUCUUGUGAACUUUCUGACAAAAACGACCUUUUCAACGAAGCGAUAUCCAAGUGCUCUCAAGUAGACCCUUAUCUCGAAAAACAACGGAUACUUUACGACGUUGAUUUAUUAAUUUCUAACAAAAACCAAAACUUAAUAUUCGGCUGUUCAAGACCCACUCAUUUUGAUUCAUGGGACGCCGAAAGUUAUUUUAAAACACUUCUAAGCUGUCUACAGAAAAACGACUUCAAAACACUCCACAUUCCAGAAUUGAAAAACGAUACCACUUGCAAACUCAAAGGCAACGAGCAAUUACAUAUCACAGCCUACCUUGCUGACGCAUAUGAUUGUAAAAUAACCAUAUGUGAAAACAAAGUUAAAACACCAAAUCCUGAUGAAAUUCCCCAAAUCUUAAAAAUGUAUCACGAUGAUCCUUUAUCUGGCCAUCGCGGAAUCGUAGAAACAACUCGUAAAAUUAGAAACGAAUACUUUUGGAAAGGAAUGACGGACGUGAUCAAAGAAUACAUAGACAAUUGUCAAAUAUGUCAACGUAAUAAAAUCCAAAGAAAAACUUAUAAAGCCCCAAUGGUUAUAACAUCUUCUUCAACAGAACCUUUCGAACGCGUAACGAUUGAUCUAGUAUCCUAUUCAGAUACCACUAACGAAUCUAAUAAAUACAUUUUGACACUACAAGAUGACCUAACUCGAUUUGUACAAGCAUAUCCUAUACCUGAUAAACAAGCAACUACCAUAGCUAGAAAUCUUCUGACAUUUUGCCAACAUUAUGGCACCCCCAAGAGAUUCCACUCUGAUCAAGGCACAGAAUUCGUUAACAAUGUCAUCAAACAACUCAUGAAAUUACUUGGCUCAAGUCACACUAUUAGUACAGCCUAUCAUCCUCAAACUAAUGGUUCUUUAGAACGUUUCCAUGCGACAUUACGAGAUCACAUAAGAAUGUAUCAUAAACGAAAUCUUUCCAAUUGGGAUCAAAUCAUACCAUUUGCCGUUAUAUGUCAUAACACCUCUAUUAAUCAGUCUACAGGUCUUACACCUCACGAACUACUUUUCGGUUUCAAACCUCGUCCUCUAUAUUCACUCAAA